GCCCGCCCGGGGGAUGCCCGUCGCGCUGCUGGCCCUGGCCAUGUCGUCCUCCUUCUUCAACCCCAGCUUUGCCUUCAGCUCGCACUUCGACCCCGACGGAGCCCCGCUCAGUGAGCUCUCCUGGUCAUCGUCCCUUGCUGUGGUGGCUGUGUCCUUCUCGGGACUCUUCACUGUCAUUGUCCUCAUGCUGGCCUGCUUGUGCUGCAAGAAGGGUGGCAUUGGGUUCAAGGAGUUUGAGAAUGCCGAGGGGGACGAGUGUGUGGCCCACAGCUCAGCGCAGGGCUCCCCGGCCGCAGCAGCGCAGAACGGGCCUGAUGUAUACGUCCUGCCCCUCACCGAGGUCUCCCUGCCCAUGGCCAAGCAGCCCGGCCGCUCAGUGCAGCUGCUCAAGUCCACGGACCUGGGUCGGCACAGCCUCCUGUACCUGAAGGAGAUCGGCCACGGCUGGUUUGGGAAGGUGUUCCUGGGCGAGGUGCACUCGGGUGUCAGCAGCACCCAGGUGGUGGUGAAGGAGCUGAAGGCCAGUGCCAGCGUGCAGGAGCAGAUGCAGUUCCUGGAGGAGGCGCAGCCCUACAGGGCCUUGCAGCACAGCAACCUGCUCCAGUGCCUGGCCCAGUGCGCUGAGGUGACGCCCUACCUGCUGGUGAUGGAGCUCUGCCCGCUGGGGGAUCUCAAGGGCUACCUGCGGAGCUGCCGGGUGCCCGAGUCCAUGGCGCCCGACCCCCUGACCUUGCAGCGCAUGGCCUGUGAGGUAGCCUGCGGUGUCCUGCACCUGCAUCGCAACAACUAUGUGCACAGCGACCUGGCCCUGCGAAGCUGCCUGCUCACAGCUGACCUGGCGGUAAAGAUUGGCGACUACGGCCUGUCUCACUGCAAGUACAGGGAAGACUACUUCGUGACCGCUGACCAGCUGUGGGUGCCGCUGCGCUGGAUCGCACCGGAGCUGGUGGAUGAGGUGCAUGGCAACCUGCUCGUGGUAGAUCAGACCAAGACCAGCAAUGUGUGGUCCCUGGGUGUGACCAUCUGGGAGCUCUUCGAGUUGGGUGCACAGCCUUACCCCCACCACUCAGACCGGCAGGUGCUGGCUUAUGCUGUCCGGGAGCAGCAGCUCAAGUUACCCAAGCCCCAGUUGCAGCUGACCUUGUCUGACCGCUGGUACGAGGUGAUGCAGUUCUGCUGGCUGCAGCCGGAGCAGCGGCCCACGGCCGAGGAGGUGCAUCUGCUGCUGUCCUACCUGUGCGCUAAGGGCACCACGGAAGCCGAGGAGGAGUUUGAGCGGCGCUGGCGCUCACUGCGGCCAGGCGGCGGCGGCGUGGGCCCAGGGAUGGGCGCAGCGGGCCCCGCGCUGAGCGGCGCCCCAGAGCUGGCUGCCACCUCGUCCUUCCCGCUACUGGAGCAGUUCGCAGGCGACGGCUUCCACGCGGACGGCGACGACGUGCUGACAGUGACCGAGACCAGCCGCGGCCUCAACUUUGAGUACAAAUGGGAGGCAGGUCGCGGCGCCGACGCCUUCCGGCCGACGGGGGGCGCUCCGAGCCCGGGCCGCGCCGCGCGCCUGCAGGAGCUGUGUGCCCCCGACGGAGCGCCGCCAGGCGUGGUGCCCGUGCUCAGCGCGCACAGCCCCUCUCUGGGCAGCGAGUACUUCAUUCGCCUGGAGGAGGCCGCGCCUGCCGCGGGCCACGAUCCCGAUUGUUCUGACUGUGCGCCCAGCCCCCCCGCUGCUGCGGACCAAGACGACGACUCCGACGGUAGCACCGCUGCCUCGCUGGCCAUGGAGCCGCUGCUGGGCCACGCACCACCAGCCGAUGGCCCCAGGGGCCGCUGCAGCCGCUACCAGAACAGCAGCCGAGCUGGGGAUCCGCCCUCCCCGUCACGUUCACUCUCUCCUGGGCCCUCCAUGCUAGCAGAGGAUGCAGACUGGGGUGUAUCCGCUUUUUGCCCUCCAUUCUUCCAGGACCCACUGGGGGCAUCCCCCUCGGCGAGCUCCAGGGCCCAGCCAUCCCCUGGUGGGGAGGAGCUGGGGGAGGCUGAGGCACAAAGGGCUGCCCAGCGUGGACACUGGAGCUCCAACGUGUCAGCCAACAACAACAGUGGCAGCCGUGACCCAGAUUCCUGGGACCCAGGCUAUGUGGGCAGCUGCGCAGACCACUGCCCCAGCCCAAACCAGACCCCACGAGCCUCCCCUGAGCUGGGCCAACCCCUGGACCAGGAGGACCCCAGGGAGCCUCUGCUUGGGCCACAGACAGCCUCCCUGGGCCAGGAGCCAGGUGGAUGCAUCAGCCCACCCCAUCCAUGCCAGGUCACAUCCCCCUGCACAGAGACUGCUGUAAAUGGGGGUGACAACCCUCAGGCAGAACCCAAGCUUGCCCUGGAGGCUGAGGGCUCUGCUGGACCCCAACUGCCUCUUCCUUCCAUCCCCUCCCCAUCCCACGAGGGAGCCCCACUUCCUUCAGAGGAGGCCAGCGCCCCUGAUGCCCUGCCUGCCUCACCCACACCUGCUACCAGUGGCCAGGUGACAGUUCUCAAGCCAGUCCCAACUCUGGACAGCAGCAGUAACUCUGCCGCCCAGAAGGCACCCCGUGGUGAGGAGGAAGCCACUUUGGGUGUCUUUACUGACUUGUCUAGUGGUGGCCCUCAGGCUGAGAGGCCAGGUGUAGUGCCAGCCUUCCGAUCUUCGCAGACGCAGGUGGGGACCCCCGACUCCCUGGACUCUCUGGACAUCCCGUCCUCGGCCAGUGAUGGUGGCUGUGAGGUCUCCAGCCCAUCAGCCGCUGGCAUCCCUGCUGGGCAGCCCCGGGCCCUGGACAGUGGCUAUGACACUGAGAACUAUGAGUCCCCUGAGUUUGUGCUCAAGGAGGCCCAUGAGUCGAGUGAUCCUGGGGCCUUUGGGGAGCUGGCCUCCGAAGGGGGGAGUGGAGGGCCUGAUGUGCAGCUCUCGGCUUCCCUGGGAGGCCUCAGCGAGAAGAACCCCUACAGAGACUCUGCGUACUUCUCAGACCUGGAUGCUGAGUCUGAGCCCUCUGUGGGCCCCCAGAAGUGCAGUGAGGCCCAGGCCCUGGGGCUAGAGCCAGACCUUAAGAGUCCACAGGGUCCUGGGCCAUCUGUACAGGCUUCUCCCCAGCCUGGGGUGCUCCAGGAGGCACCGGGCACUGGCCACCAGGAGGCGCUUUCACCUGCGGAGGAGCCAGAUGCCUGCUCCAGUAAUCCCAAGGCAGAGCCUCCUGGGUCCAAAGGUCCAUCAGAUGUGCAGACCGUGCCCAGUAACAGCCACUCCAAAUUUUUCCUGCUGACCCCAGUCCCACUGAGCUCAGAAGGUGAAGGAGCAGAGCUUCAGAGGACCCCAGGACUGCCAGGGAGGUCCCCACAAGGGCGGACAGGGGGCUCGGGCACCUCCAGAACCCCGCUCUGCUUGGCACUGCCUGACCAUGUUGGGGCAUCGGAGGGCCGGUCGGAGGAGGAGGAGGAGGACAGUGAAGACAGCGACGAGUCGGACGAAGAGCUCCGCUGCUACAGCAUCCAGGAGCCCAGCGAGGACAGUGAGGACGAGUCCCCAGCUGUGCCAGUGGUGGUGGCUGAGAGCCAGAGCGCGCGCAACCUGCGCAGCCUGCUCAAGAUGCCCAGCCUACUGUCAGAGGCCUUCUGCGAAGACCUGGAGCGCAAGAAGAAAGCUGUGUCCUUCUUCGACGAUGUCACCGUCUACCUCUUUGACCAGGAGAGUCCCACCCGGGAGCUCGGAGAGCCCUUCCCCGGCGCGAAGGAGUCGCCUCCCGCGUUUCUGGAGGGUAGCCCCGGCUCGCCCAGCGCCCCCGGACGGCCGCGGCGGGAUGACCGC